GGAGCCCUCACGUCAACACUGCACUGUGGUCUGUGAGUGAGAAGUGACGGUAGGAGUCUCGCGGCUCAGUAUUUCUGUGUGGAUUACUGCAGCAACCAGGCCCUUGACACGGACGCCACUCCCUACAUGUGGAGGAGUUAGGGGGCUGCAGGAGACAGGUGUGCAGUGCUGGUGUGCUGGUGUGCUGUGGUGGAGAGUGUGUGAGGUGCCACCAUGUCGCUGUACGAUGACAUAGACACAGACAAGGCAUCGGGGGCCUCAGGGUGGGCGUCGGGGAUCAAACUUAUGCACAACCAGCUGGCGUUCAAGAAGGCUACUAUUACAGCUCCCAAGAGAGACCAGACAAGGCGGGUGUCUACUGCCAAGCUGCCACCGGUGAUUGACCUCAAGUCGCGGCGAGAGGAGGAAGAUGCCGCCUCUCAGUCUCUCUUUUCCAGGGCCAGAAGCUACCGUAACUGCCCUGUGGCCCCUGUAAUAAUAUCGCCUGCCGUCCCCCAGCCCCGGGGGUGGACUCACCAUGAUGACUUUGACGGGAUGCAGUCUGAGGCGGAAUUUGCUCGCAGCGGCAGCGGGGGAGGUGGGUCGCCCUACGUGGCCUCCAGCGACCCAGAGUGGAGGUUCAUCAAUGAGUACGACCCAUUGUGGCCCAACGACUAUGAGAAGGUGGUCAAAGACAUGAGGGAGAGGAGAGACAGAGAGGAGGAAGAGACCAGAUUGAAGGAGAGAGAAGAGAGGGAUAAGAAGAGAAGAGACAGCAGGAAUGUGGAGGAGUCAUCAGGAUUUGCCCGAUUGAGAGAACCAGAGGAGGAGGAAGAGGAGGAGGAGCGACCAAGGAGAGGGGCGGGAGCAGCCAUCGCCCCCCCGCCUUCCCUGGGGGCGGAGGAGGGGGCAGUGCCAGGAGGGGCCAAGGGGGCAAACUUCAGUGGUAUGGGGGGCAGCACUGUGGCUGCUAAGAUCAUGGCAAAGUAUGGCUUCAAGGAGGGUCAGGGCUUGGGCAAGAGUGAGCAGGGCAUUGUGAGGGCGCUGGAGGUGGAGAAGACAAGCAAACGAGGAGGCAGGAUUGUCCACGAGUCCGACGAAGUAAUACCACCUGCCCCCAUGAUGCCGCCCCCCAUCGCCCCGCCCCCACGCCCCGCCCCACAGUCUGAGAAACCCGAGGCGAAAAUGGCCCACAUCCUGCGUAACCCAUCCAAGGUCGCUCUGCUUAGGAACAUGGUGGGGCCGGGUGAGGUGGAUGACGAGCUGGAGCCUGAGGUGCGGGAGGAGUGCAACGGCAAGUAUGGGGCGGUGGUACAGGUGGUCAUCUUCGAAAUACCCAAAGCUGUGCCGGAAGAAGCUGUGCGGAUCUUUGUGGAGUUUCAGCGGGUGGAGUCGGCCAUUAAGGCCAUCAUUGACCUGAAUGGACGUUUCUUUGGAGGGCGGCAAGUCAAGGCUGGCUUCUACGACCAUGAGAAUUUCAAGGCAUACCGGCUCAACGAACGCUGCGAUUAGGCCAGACUCCCUCACUGCUGCCACUGCUGCUGCUCGCCUCACCACUACCACCACCACCACCACCACCACCACCUCUGCCUUCGUUUGCUACUACUACAAACAAAUCAUGAUCUUUUCUUGUCUUUUUAUUUUUUUAUUUUUUUUGUCCUUUCAGUUUUUGCCUCUCUCUCUCUCUCUCUCUCUCUCUCUCUCUCUCUCUCUCUCUCUCUCUCUCUCUCUCUCUCUCUCUCUCUCUCUCUCUCUCUCUCUCUCUCUCUCUCUCUCUCUCUCUCUCUCUCUCUCUCUCUCUCUCUCUCUCUCUCUCUCUGCAUUUGUUUUCCCUAUUCUGUUAGAGUCUGCCCUCUGCCCUAUUACUGACCAUCUUCUGAAACAAAUGCCUCUUGUGUUGCACCACCUCCACUACUAAGCUCCAGUCAAGGUCCAUUAUACUGUACCAUAACAUCACCACCUCACUCCAGACACCAUUAGAAAAGUGCAUUAUAAGAUGGUUCUGUUGUAGUGAAGGCAGCAACAGUUCCAUCGUUGCUCAUUAUUCAACAUUGCAGAUCUGUUUAUUUCUCAAGAUUGCAUAUAGUGUGUUAUUGUUUUGUUGAAGUGAAGGCAUCAAUAAUUCCUUACUUCCUCAUUAUUUAACAUUGCAAAUCUGUUUUAUUCCCUUUUCUGAUUAAUACAUGAUUUUUUGUGAAGGUUAGUGAAGUGUGUCUGGUUCUGGAAGGGCUAGUGGUCUUAUGGUUCCAGUUGCAGCUUUGGUAGAAGAAACACUCAAGAAACCAGCUAGUCAUCUCUGUGGCCUUGGAAAACAGUCGUGGGGAGAGAGCAAAGCGUUUCAGAAUACAGGUUUAUUGUAUUUUUAUUCAGUUCUCUUCAUUUAUUUAUUUUAUGUGAGAAGGUAAAAACAAAAGCUGGUUGGGAAGAGUUAUAGGAGGCAGUGACGCCCCCAGCACUGUUUUGUUACUGAGGUGUAGUAAAGGGAGGAAACUGUAGCCUAUCUCUGUAUUUAUUUUGUAAUUUUCAUAGCAGUCUCUCUCUCUCUCUCUCUCUCUCUCUCUCUCUCUCUCUCUCUCUCUCUCUCUCUCUCUCUCUCUCUCUCUCUCUCUUUUUUUUUUUUUUUUCAUAUCCCUUUUGUCAUGUCUACUAUUACUCAUCCUUCAGUCUGCCCUCUUUAUUUUAUUUUAUUUUAUUUAUCUUUUUCUUUAUAUCUGGGUUUCAUAUUCGAUUAUAGUCUGCCUUAUUAUUGGUCUAUUCUGAAAUAUUCAUUAUUAUUCCUUAUCCUUCAGUCUGGUCCCCGCCCACUUUCUUAAUCCCUUCAGUACCAUGGCGCGUUUCUAUAUUCAUUCUGCUCACUAUUUGGUGAUUUAACACAGCUUCAGAAACUCACGUGGGGGAUUCAAAUAGUGGAGACUGGUGGCCAUUUAUCUUCUGAUCUCCAUGAACCCUUCCAAAUGUCAAUAAAAUGGUCUAAUCGUAUACAAAUCUGAAGGUAAAAAUGUGUCCCAGUACUGAAGAGGUUAAGGGAGGUGGUGACUGAAGAGAUGUAUUAUUGAUACUGUUGGUGAGGGAAUGAAGCACAGACAGUUCAAAAUGUUAGCGUUAGUGUUAGAGAAGAAGAGAAGAAAAAGUGAAAGGAUGUGUUUUAUGCAUUCCUGGACUAAAAUAGCGUAAAAGAAAACGAGUGAAGUAUUUAACAUCUCUGUAUUUAUUGAGAAUAUUUUAGUGAGGGUUGACGCACAGGUGAAGCUUUGUACAGGUGUGCCUUUGUUGAUUGGAUCAUUGGAGUGGUGCGCGCCAGCAGAGGCAGGACUAGGGAGGAAGAGGAGGUGGCCUGUGGUAGCCUCCUCAUUACUACUUUUGAUAAGAUACUGUAAAAUGACUAAAAAAUACAAUAAACAUGAUGUGGUGCCAGAAUACCAACUUGUGUUA